AUGCCUUCCAGGGACGAUAUUCGCUCCCUAUCCACUGAGCAACGCUGGAUCCCUCCUUCAACUGUUAGACGCGAUGCACUCACCCCAGAAAGCCGAAAUGAUCUCAUCUUUAGAAAGGUGCGGGGUAUUCUUAACAAGCUCACACCGGAAAAGUUCGCAAAGCUGAGCAACGACCUGCUCAACGUUGAGCUUAAUUCCCAUGUGAUUCUUAAGGGUGUUAUUUUCUUGAUCUUCGAAAAAGCACUUGAUGAACCCAAGUACAGUUCUAUGUACGCACGGCUGUGCAAACAGCUGUCUGACGAAGCCGCAAACUUUGAACCCCGAAAACCAAUCGAUGAAAGUCAAAAAGGCCAGAGCACAUUCAGAGUUCUUUUACUUAACAAGUGCAAAGACGAGUUCGAAAAUCGUUCAAAAGCAAGCGAGGCGUUCGAGAAUCAGGAUGAGCUGGGCCCCGAGGAGGAGGAGCGCCGGCAGGUGGCCAAGCGCAAGAUGCUUGGUAACAUCAAGUUCAUCGGGGAGCUCGGCAAACUGGGAAUCGUGUCGGAGCCGAUUUUACACCGUUGCAUCCAGCAGUUGCUGGAGAAGAAAAGGCGAGGGGGAUCCCGGGGGGACACUGCGGAGGAUAUCGAGUGUCUCUGCCAGAUUAUGCGUACCUGCGGCCGUAUCCUUGACUCGGAUAAGGGCCGCGGACUCAUGGAUCAAUACUUCAAACGUAUGAACUCCCUGGCAGAGAGUAGGGAACUUCCUCUACGCAUUAAAUUCAUGCUGCGCGAUGUGAUUGAGUUACGCCGUGACGAUUGGAAACCGCGCAAGGCCACCAGCAGCGAGGGUCCGAUGCCCAUUAAUCAAAUCCGCAACGACAACGAGGAGUCUUCGAGGGGAAACGGUUUCCAUAGACGGGACGAUCGCCUCGGUGCGGAGUUUUUACGAAAGAUGGGACGAGGCGCACUGGAUGUCGAUAUGAUGGGAAGUAUCCCACUGACUUCCUCUUCAUUCGGUAUGUCAUCACCAUUCAGCCCGAAUGGAUUCGCAGGGACGACGCCCGUUGGUUACGGCCGACCUAACCAACGCAAUCAGCCGGGUUACUAUCCGAACCAGAGUCGUCAUCAGAACAAUUACGAAGGGAAACGCAACCAACCGCAACACAAUUUACCGCAGAACUUUAACAAUAGUAGCAAUAAAGAGCAACUACGAUUCAACAAGAACAAGAUGCUGAUCGGAGGACAUCCGGAAGAAGUGUCUUUAAGACCCUCAGCCAAUUCGAUGAUGUUCAAACAGACUAACAUCAAUUUGAACCUACCUCUCAACAAUGAUUUGUUCCCAGGACGAGGUUCAGACUUGCCUCUCUUACGUACUGCCACUCUGAAGCCCAGCUCGCCUCUAUUGCACAAAGAGACACCGCCCGCUAUCGUGAUUAAGCAAGGUCCUGUGGACAAGAGGGAGAAGGCUCGGGACAGAAAGGACAAAGGGCCCACUCGCGAGGAGGUGUUGAAGAAGGUGCACGUCCUGAUGGACGAUCUCAUGUCCCACAUGAACGUGCAGGACGCAGUGACAGCCUUCAAAGAUCUUAAGAUACCCGAACGAUUCUUGCGUCAUGCAAUCUACACGCUGUAUUCGAACACGCUGGAUCGCGGGGACUCGGAGCGCGAGCUCGCCGCCAAGCUCGUGGUCGAAUUGAAAAAGGAGAACUUGCUCACUCUGCAGCAAGUGAACGAAGGAUGGAAGGAGCUCGUGGCCAGUAUAUCGGAGAGGGAGAGUACUGUGCCUUGCGUAGCAUCCUACGUUGCCUUCCUGACAGCUAAGGCCAUAGUGGACAACCUGAUUCAGCUGACGGAUCUUGCCUCGGAAACGGAAAACGGCCGUCAUCACCCGCUGUUCCUGCUGACGCUCCAGCAACUGCACAAGACCCAGGGCAAGGCGAGACUCACGCAGAUCUUCAACGACAGCAAGGUGGAUCUUAUCAGCCAACUGCCAGAAGCGGAGAAAACGAAGGAGCGACUGGGCGAGAUCUUGGAGGACCGAGAAUUGACUUUUCUCUAUCCCCUUCUCAGAAUCCAAGGGGACAUGUGGCGUCAAUUGGAAGCCGAUCCGGCGCCUAACGCUCUUUACAAAUGGAUCAAGGAGAAGCUGGAUCCCCAACACCAUUCUGAUCCCGCAUUCAUUAACGCUAUGAUGAAUGUGCUUUUCAAGUACAUCACUCAGGAGACAACAUUAGCACCUGGCGUUGAUCCGACUGUGAAUCCGGACAAACAACUGCAAGAGAAGGAAAGUGCGCUACUGCAGAAAUACGCACGCUUUAUUCGCACAUUCCUGACCACCAUCGACUCUCAAGUAACGGCUCUCCAUGCGCUUCAAGUGUUCUGCUUUUCGCACAAUUUUCCGAAAGGGUUGCUGCUGCGAUGGUUCAUAGCACUCUACAACCUUGAAGUUAUCGAAGAGGAAGCCUAUCAUAAAUGGAGAGAAGCUGUCACCGAUGCUUAUCCGGGCAAGGGCAAAGCAUUAUUCCAGGUAAAUUCAUGGUUAACAUGGCUUGCCGAAGCAUCGGAGGAAGAAGAAGAGGACGAUGAGGACGAGAAGAAUUAAUGGCAAGAGUCUCGAGAGCAUUAUUCAGACUACCUAUGAUUUUGAAUAGGGUUUUACUAUCAAUAUUGCUGAACCACAGAAAAGGUUUCAGUUUUACUAAUUGAGUUAUCUCCAUCCAGAGUUACAAACAUCUUGUUAGUCUGUCUGAAGCCCUCUCGCGUGGUCGAAAAAAAAGGACUUUACAAUCAUGUUUGGAAAAGGAAUAGUUUUGUAGGUUAAUGGAGUGGUAUACGACAGACGUUGCAGACAAGACGUUUUAGAAUUUUUUUAGAUAAUUAAAUAUCAAUAUAAUUUAUAAAGAUAAAAAAAUUAUUGAGCCACACAGCAGAUUCAAGAUAUCGAGAGUAUAUAUUACGCCGCUGUAUGAUCAUCGGUGCUGAAACAAGGAAAAAAAAAGAAACAAGAGAAAAAUUAAUCUGGUGAUUUGUGUUGUUCGAGUUUUCGUUUAAUAUUGUGCAUGUGUCACGUUUUGUAAGUCUCUUUUUUGUCCGCAGAAACAAGUGCAGUCGUUUGUAUCUCUGUGUACCAACUUUUACAUUUAUUAUGAGGAAUUAUUAUGAUUAUUACCAUAUUAUUAGUAUCAGUUAUUAAUAUUAUUAUUCAAUUAUACAUAAUUGAUUACACACAAUAAUCGAAAUGUAUCUACAUCUUCCUAAUGAAAAAAAAAACUUGAAAAAAAGAAAUACGAAAUUAACCAUAAAUUGGGUCAGACUCGGUAGAGCGAAAAGAGAAAUUUCAUCGAAUGAGUUUCACGUUUUUUUUUUCUUUUUCCGAUGCGGGGACGAAAUUUUUAGAUCGCGAUUGUUAGAAUCAGAAUUGAGUUAGACCAAUCAGCUAUAUAUACGAAAAAAAAAAAAGAGGAAAAUAUCAGGAAAAAAGCAACACCGUUUGCCUGUGUACCUACCUGCUGCGUCAUGAUUCUAAUAAGUAUAUUAAUUGAUUAUUACAGUUAUAUAACAACCAGCAGCCAACAUCACAUCCAUUUAACGUAAUUAAUUAGCCGACACUAGUGACACGACUAAAUCGUAUUUAAAAAAAAGAAAAAAAAAUAAAAUACGCCUUGGUGUAAUUUAUUA